AAUGAUGACGCAGUUGCUUGCACGUCUUCUCCAACAGGUGAAAAAGAGAACUAUGAGACUGUGGAUAAGGAGGGGAAGAUCAGGAUUACCGAACAAGCUCGGAGGUUGUUCAAUGCCGUUCAGUUAAAAGCCCAAGAAGUGCGUUUCAGUAGGGUUUUAGUAAGAUUAUUUGGCGAUUCUUUAUUAAAUACAGGUUCUUAUGAGAUAUCUACGUGGUAUAGCGCACCAUAUCCGCAAGAGUACGCCCACGUCCCUAUCCUGCACAUAUGUGAAUUUUGUUUGAAGUACAUGAAAACUGAAACAAUAUUAGCACAGCACAUGAAAAAAUGUGAAUGGCGCUAUCCACCUGGAAAUGAGAUCUAUCGAAAUAAUAAUGUAUCCGUUUUUGAAGUUGAUGGAAACGUUUCUAGGAUAUACUGCCAAAAUUUGUGCUUAAUUGCAAAAUUAUUUCUGGACCACAAAACGCUCUACUAUGAUGUGGAGCCGUUCUUGUUCUACGUCGUCACGAAAAAUGACGAAUUCGGAUUUCAUUUUGUUGGAUACUUUUCAAAAGAGAAAUAUAGCCAGCAGAAGUUUAAUUUGUCGUGUAUUGUGACGCUGCCAUGUUACCAAAAACAGGGAUUUGGUCGAUUUCUAAUAGAUUUCAGCUUUUUGCUAUCUCGUCGUGAGCAUAUGAUGGGCACUCCUGAACGGCCUUUAUCAGAUCUGGGCAGGAUAUCAUAUGCAAGCUAUUGGCGAAGUGCACUGUUUGAAUACAUUCACGAGCACAUACCAAAGAACAGCACCAAGAAGUUGAUUCUAAGUGGUUUGUUUUUAAUAACUUUCAUGUGUCCUUUAUAA